AUGCGGCUCCACCUCACCGUCCAGCGUCACGGUCUGCCCGUGUCGCGCAUUCUCUGGACUACGUCACCGCCAUCGCUUUUUGGGCAUAACCUACGGAGCCCUUCAUCCGUAUUACCAGCUACGUCCUCCGCCGUCACAUCGUCGCGCAUGCCCAACGCGUUAUAUGCAAAUGGGGGAUACUCUAUCGCACAGCUCCUGGAAGACGUGAACGAAGUCAUCCCGCUGGAGACAGAACAGCAGCUCUUCGACGACGAAUCAAGCGGCCAGUGGGGGUUGGAAGACUAUGUGGUCGAGGUUGGAGGUUCAGAGUGCUUGCACUUUAUGGAGGUGGAGGGAUUACUGCGAGACGGCGACGAAGUCUUAAUACGUGCUCUUCAAAUCGACGACCUACGAGCGCGGCGAAUUUCCGGUCGGCAUCAGAUAUCAAAUGACGGGAAGCAUCUCAUUGACGGGAUUCCGUUCGGGAAGCCGUUCCUGAAGAGACCGACGUCAUCGAGGCCAGCUAUAACCAUUCCUCCUAGGAAGAAGAGGCGCACUACUCUUACGAUGUGGGGCGGUGGCAGUAAUUAUGAGGAGGAGGAUACAGAAUGGGCUCCUCGUCAACAUAUUGGUACUGGGAAAGAGCUUUCUCUACUUCGGCCUGAGAGUGAACUUGAAAGGGAGGACGAGGAUGGGGACGAGUUUGUGGACGCUUACCAGGACGACUAUGAGGACUUCCACGAGCCGAAUGAAGACGGUGAUGGGACUGUUAUUCGACAUAAUAUCGACAAGACAAGCGAAGCGUCAGAGAGCAACAGCGUCGCUUCCGAUAUUGGAGAAGAACUUGAGGGUCUUAAGGAAGAUAUGGAUAUCGCGGCGGUGCCCGAGUUGGAAACCUCCGAUGUGAAGGCCCCUCGUCGCGGCUAUUCUCUGCGCUCAAGGCCAAGCAUUCUUCAGCCAGCGCCGAGAAAGAGCUCUCUUUCGCGUCGUUCCACCGGAGAGACUUCUCGGAGGGAGUCCAAGAGCGUUACAUUCGACAAACAAAAGCAGCAAUUGCCAGUGGCCAAGCCUGAGGCUACCCCUAGAGCUGGCUCAACCUCAGAAGAACUGGAAGGUGCUGCCUCGAGUGAUAGUGAUAGCUCUGCGAGUGACUCCAGUGCUUCGGAGUCGAGUGAUGAUGACUCGUCUUCUGAUGAAUCUGAAUCUGGCUCCGCAGCUACUUCUGAUUCUUCUUCUGACUCAGGCGAUGAUUCUUCUUCAGAAAGCUCUGCCUCAGAAUCCGAAUCCGAGCAGGAAGAAGCUCCUAAGGCUACCACGGUUCGAAAGACUUCUCUCCCAACUAACCCCCCUGGGGCAGGCUCGGAAAGGACAAGAAAGUCUAACCAGCGAUCUAAGCUGCGACGAAGACUUACAAAACUGAAAGAAUUAGGUUUUCUUGAAGAGGAUGCAGAUUUCGACGCUCUCCGAGAGUGGGAUUCAAGUAAUGGAGGUUCUUCCACCGGCAAUGGGGCCGCCAAAACGUUAAGGCAACGCGAGCAAGAAGAUUUUGAGGCGAAACGUCAAAAGUUGCUCCGUGACCUGGAGUCUGGUGGCGUUGAUGUCUCUUAUAUGUCUGAGAAGGAGAACAUACGCCCGAGUUCUGCUGUACCAGAUACAUCAGAACUGGACGACCAGGAUGAGCAGUAUGAGACCGCCAACGAUACAGCUCAAGCUACCCCUGAAGUCACAAAACAGCGUCGUUCCUUGGAUGUAGCCAGCACCCGGCGACUUCUUUUCGGCUCCCUCGGCGUGAGAACUCCCCGUUCUAAAGCAGAAGAAGAGGCCACUCGGAAGAAACUAGCCGGAAAAUUUCGCGAGAGUACACAUCAGCAAGCAGAGCAGCCUCCUGCCGAACCCCAAGAAAGCGAGCCUGAAGUGGACUGGCGCGAGAAAUUAAUACUUGGAGCUACCGAAUGUGUCUUUGACGAUAUUGAGUUGAGUACUCCACCCUUCCCAUUUCAGCAACGCUGGGAUGAAGAGGCUGGAUAUAUCAUACAGCAGCGGAAGGGACGAAACAAGAAAAGAAAGAGAAGACAGCAGCAGCCCCAGGUUUAUGAUGAGGAAGUUGAUGUAAAUGGAGAUUACUAUGGCGACGAUGACAUGCAGCUCAACUACGACGACGCCGAACAACCCGGUGAAAUGGACGAGACUACAACUAGAAUGGCUGAAGACACCGAGGAUGACCUACCGGAACUCCCAAGUGAUGCAAGUAGCCUGCCGGGUCUUGCGGAGAAGGAUCUGAAGCCAGGUCUAGUACUCGCCUUUAAGCAGCUGGAUGUGUCAAAAGAGACAAACUGGCAGCCAAUGGUGUCGGACUAUCGGAUCGCCGUAGUCAGCGACGUUUUUGAAAAUAACAUCCUCAACAUCCAGCUCGCUAAGGCGUACAGGAGACAACCCAAAGACGAGGACGCCGAAGAGGGCCCGUUCAAAUACAGUGGAUUUGAGAUGCCCGGCAUGGAUGAUGAGGGGGAGGACGACGGAUUUCGUGAAGUACCCUUUGACGAUCUAAUUGAACCGAAGCUGCUCCGUGCUGCGCCCGCUGCGGAUGCUGGAGACCAAGAUACCGCCAGCAUAUUUCCUGCAGACGAUGAACAACCUGCGCAAGAGUCCAGUCAGUCUGUGAUUGACGCUUCAACCGCAAGCGAUGCGCACGAGAACGGCCAACUUGUGGAAACAUCGAGCCAACAACCGACUUCUCCUAAUCACGACCAUUCCCCCGUGUCUGAUCACUCUCGUGAAGAGAGCCCUGUUCGGUCACCACGAUUUGAAGGAUUUGAGCCAACCUAUUCCGCCUCAAGUCCUUUAUCAAGCAGUUCCCCCUCUUGA